AUGAUCAUCCAAUCGCUGAAUAUUAUAAACUUGUCCAGUGUUAUUCUAUCCGCCACAGAACUCUCAUUGUGUUCCAAAGGCCUCAGCUUCUGCCCCACGUCAGGAGAAUACAAUGAAUUCCAAAUAUAUAAGGACCUCGAUAACUUCGCAAGAAACCUGAGACUCAGAGAGUAUUUCCACGAUCAUCCGCAAGACACCAGAGAGCGCAUUCCUAAUACUUCGAAUAAGUCAUGGACUCUAAAAGAGCAACGCGACAAGUACCUUGAUUUGUACAUCGAAUCGGUACAGCGUGAUGUGAUCAGAAACUAUCAACAACGAAAAUGUCUACGUCACAAUCUCACUCCUGCUGAACGCAUCGCUAUGCGUGAACUCAGCUCAAGAGAUGAUAUUAUUAUUAAACCUGCUGACAAAGGAGGAGCCAUAGUUUUUAUGAAUAAGCAAGACUAUCUAGAUGAAGGAUUUCGCCAGCUAAUGAACCAACAAUUUUACAAAGAACUUCAAGCAGAUCCGACCAAAAAAUUCACUAAACUAAUAACGGACACUUUGGACUUAAUGCUGGAUAAUGGAGACAUUUCGGAGGAGAUGCAUAAAGCAAUGAAGCCGGCCUAUCCAAAGGCUGGCCGCUUUUACACAUUACCUAAAAUUCACAAACAAGGAAAGCAAGUUUUUAUAGUAACAACGCACAACAUGUAG